CCUCGGCUCGGAAUGCGCCUCGGCUCUCCCCGGGCUCACGUCCCGAUCUCGGCUUGAGUGGCCCGGGGUGGGUGACCUGAAGUUGUAGCCUCGCUGCUCUUGAGGCGGAUUAAUUAGCCCAAGAAACACUAUAUUCAUGCUUAGGUGGAGAAAAGCAGGGCUAGCAUUGGACCCCAAAGCCCAGGAUGGCAGGACAGGAUGUGGGGGCCCCACCCGAUCGCCUCUGGGUUCACCAAGAGGGUGUCUACCGCGACGAGUACCAGCGCACGUGGGUGGCCGUCCUGGAAGAGGAGACGAGCUUCCUAAGGGCCCGAGUUCAGCAAGUUCAGGUUCCUUUAGGUGAUGCAGCCAGGCCAAGCCACCUUCUCACCUCCCAGCUACCUCUCAUGUGGCAACUCUACCCCGAGGAGCGCUACAUGGACAACAACUCUCGCUUGUGGCAAAUCCAGCAUCAUUUAAUGGUCAGGGGCGUAGAGGAACUGUUGCUUAAGCUUUUGCCUGAUGAUUAACCGGGUGCUGGGAUUCUAGGAAGAGAUGCUCCACUGUUCUGUUCAUUUUCUGGAUAUGCCGCAGAAGGAUCCGUGCCAGAAACAAGCCUGUGAAAUACAGAAAUGUUUACAAGCCAACAACUACAUGGAAUCUAAGUGUCAGGCUGUCAUCGAAGAACUGCGUAAGUGUUGUGCUCGAUAUCCC